AUGACACUUGCUGAGGAGUUCAAGUCGAGGAAUUUCAGUAUCUACGGUCAAUGGACCGGAGUGCUGUGCAUCUUCCUCUGCUUUGCGCUUGGAAUCGCGAACAUCUUCCACGCAACCUUUGUCAUCGCGUUUAGCAUUGUUUGCUUGGUGACUGCCUUCAUCAUCAUAUUCAUCGAGAUCCCGCUGCUCCUCCGCAUCUGCCCGACGUCCCCCAAGUUCGAUGCCUUCAUCCGCAAGUUCGAGACAAACUACAUGCGCGCUGCCAUCUACUUCGUCUUGAGCGCUGUGCAGUGGAUCAGCAUUUGGCCCCAAGCCACAAGCUUGAUCGUCGCGGCCAUCUUCCUGCUCCUUGCCUCCCUCUUCUACGCGCUUGCCGGCUUCAAGGGCCAAGCGUUCCAGGGCAGCAAAACCCUGGGCGGACAGGGUGUGGCCCAGAUGAUCAUCUAA